CCUAGCAGGAAACACAGAGGCUACCACCGCAGCGGUGGAAAAAGAAAGAGCAGCACUCCGGGUUUUAGUUCCAAGACGUGGUGGUUAAUCGGCAAGUACGCUGUCGCUGGGUCCUGGGAGUACUUACUUUUCUUGCGGUAACAGUUCACUACUUCGUUGGAGGAGAGAGCCCUUUACUGACCAUACAACUGGACUGUAGCCGGUGGUGGAGACCUGUUCAGCAGCUGUGAACUGUGGACAUCGGCUGAGCAACGGCCGUAUUGAAUCAGGCAGUGGUGGUCAGCGGUCGGUGGGCCUUCAGGCUCCACGCUGGUGCUGAGACAGGAUGAAGAGGUUCAGACGACACGGCCAGGAGUCCCAGAGAGACCGCCUCAAGCAGGAACUCUUCCAGUUCAACAAGACUGUGGAGCAUGGAUUCCCCCAUCAGCCCAGUGCUCUGGGCUACAGUCCCUCCCUCCAGCUCCUGGCUAUCGGCACCCGCUCCGGAGCCAUCAAACUAUACGGAGCUCCAGGUGUGGAGUUCAUGGGUCUACAUGAUGAGAAUGCUGCUGUGACACAGGUGCACUUCCUCCCCCACCAGGUUGAACUGGUGACUCUGUUGGAUGAUAACAGCCUACACAUGUGGACUUUAAGAGCCCACAAGGGACUUUCAGAGCUGCUGGAGAUAGGACGCUUCACACUAACUGGACCUCCUGGAGCCCCUCCCAGUGUAACCAGAGUAACGGCAGUGUUGCCCCACUCAUCGGGGGAGCUGUUACUGCUGGGGACAGAGGGAGGUCACGUGUUCAUCGUGGAGGUACCAGGCUUCAGGGAGCUGGAGGAGAGGAACAUCAGCCUCGACCAAGUGGCCAGCAGUGUGCCUGAUGACUACAUUGGGCGCAGGAAUCUGGAACACGUAGAAGCCUUACAGGAAAACCCGGUCAACCCAAACCAGGUGGUAAUCGGGUAUGGCAGAGGCCUGAUGGUCGUCUGGGACCUAGAGAAACAGUGUGCCAUACAAAACAUCCCUGCCACACAGCAACUGGAAAGUGUGUGGUGGACGGAAGACGGAGGCUACAUCCUCAGCUCUCACAGCGAUGGAAGUUACUGUCGAUGGAUGGUGGGUGUGGAUGAUGUGAAUGAGGAGGAGGAGAAGUCCGACAUUCCAUAUGGACAUUUCCCCUGUAAGGCCAUUAUGAAAAUCAUUCAGCUUCCAACAGAAGACGGGCCUCCGUUCCUGCUGUUCAGCGGUGGAAUGCCCAGGGCCAGCUAUGGCGACAGACACUGUAUCACAGUGAUUCACGGUAAAACCCACGUGGCCCUGGAUUUCACCUCCAGAAUCAUCGACUUCUUCGUCAUCACAGACGGACUGCAGCAAAAAGGAGAUCCCAGUGCGCUGGUGGUCCUGGUGGAAGAGGAGCUGGUAGUGAUCGACCUGCAGACAGAGGGCUGGCCGGUCAUACAGACGCCUUACCUGGUUCCCCUGCACAGCUCAGCCAUCACCUGCUCGCACCAUGUGUCUGCCAUCCCCUUCAAACUGUGGGAGAGGAUCAGCUCUGUUGGAGAGCUACAGAACACACACUACUCCAAAAAGCCAUGGCCAAUAACAGGAGGCCAAAGCCUGGCCCCCGACCCUCCACAGAGAGACCUGCUGCUCACAGGGCAUGAGGAUGGAACGGUGCGAUUCUGGGACGCCUCAGGAGUCUGCCUGUCCCCCAUGUACAAGUUGAGCACAGCUGGAGUGUUCGACACAGAUGCUGACCCCAACGACAACAUGAACCAAGGCACUGAAGGAGAGUGGCCUCCCUUCAGAAAGGUUGGCUGUUUUGACCCUUACAGUGACGACCCACGACUUGGCAUCCAGAAGAUCCACCUCUGUAAAUAUAGUGGUUAUCUGACUGUGGCUGGCACUGCCGGACAGAUUCUGGUGAUGGAGCUGAACGAUGAAGCAGCAGAGCAGACGGUCGAGGCGAAAGUUGUCGAUCUGCUGCAGGGCCAGGAGGGAUUCCGCUGGAAGGGCCACACUCGGCUGGAUGUACGAGAAGAGCCGGUCCUGUUCCCUCCAGGCUUCCAGCCCUUUGCUCUGGUUCAGUGCCAGCCUCCUGCCGUCGUCACCGCCCUCAACCUGCACUCAGAGUGGAAGCUGGUUGCAUUUGGCACCAGCCACGGCUUUGGUUUAUUUGACUACCAACAGAAAAAUAAUGUCUUUGUAAAGUGCACCUUAAACCCCAGUGAUCAGCUGGCCAUGGAGGGCCCUCUGUCCCGGGUGAAGAGCAUUAAGAAAUCCCUCCGACAGUCCUUCAGAAGAAUCCGCCGCAGCAGAGUCUCACUGAGGAAACAUCACGUCAACAAUGCUGCCAAGCUGCAGGAGGCAAAUGCUCGCCUGGAGGCUGAGCUGGCAGAGAUGGAACUGGCUCCGGUUCAGAGGAAGAUCGAGGCCCGCUCCUCAGAUGACUCCUUCACCGGACUCGUGAGGACGCUUUACUUUGCAGACACUUUCCUCUCAGACAGUUCACAUAACAGCCCCUCACUGUGGGCGGGGACUAACGGCGGUUGUGUGUUUGCAUAUAUGCUUCGCCUUCCUCCUGUGGAGCACAGAGCAGAUGAACCUAUCACUGCACACCCAGCUAAGGAGAUCCAGCUCAUGCACCGGGCCCCUGUGGUCGGUAUUGUGGUGCUGGAUGGUCACGGUGCCCCCCUCCCAGAGCCCCUGGAGGUGGCUCAUGACCUGGCUCGAUCCCCAGAGAUGCAGGGCUCACACCAUCUCCUGGUCAUAUCAGAGGAACAGUUCAAGGUUUUCACGCUGCCUAAAGUGAGCGCCAAGAUGAAGCUGAAGCUGACGGCCAUAGACGGCUCCAGAGUGCGGCGGGUGGGUGUGGCCUGGUUUGGCAGCAACCGGUCGGAAGACUACGGCGAGAGCGGGCUUGUGGUUCUGACCAAUCAGGGCGACCUCCAUGUGGUGUCACUACCCUCGGUGAAGCUGCAGGUCCAGUAUCCAUGUAUCCGCAAAGAAGACGUUAGCGGCAUCGCCUCCUGUGUCUUCACCAAGCACGGCCAGGGCUUCUACUUGAUUUCUCCGUCUGAGUUCGAGCGUUUCUCUCUGUCCACUCGUUGUCUGGUGGAGCCUCGGUGUCUGGUGGGGGCUCCUCUGCACUCAGGCCCCCAACGCAGACCACAGACUGACGGAGCUUCAUCUGCUCACAGAAACGCCACACAGGACGGUGAGGAUGCAGAAAGUGCAGCUAGACGUGUUAUGGAGCAUGCUUUGCUGAAUGAUGAGAAAGUGCUUCAGGAGAUCCAGAAAUCGCUAGAAGGAGAUCAGACGUCGCUGAUGGAGAAUAACGUAAACAGUGCUGUAGCUUGAGGGUUGGUCCUGACUGUGGAGUCCAGUAAACUCGUUAACGUGCACGAAGCGUCCUGCAGGCCUAUAGCAGCACGUCUUACAGAAACGACCACUACUGACCCCCAACCCCUCGCCUCAGUGACUGACCUCCCCUCUGACUUUGAGCUCACAUCAGCCCCUGCUUCAGAGACCGCCAACCUCCUGAAGGGGCCCCUCGGCAGUAGCGCUGUUGAGCACCACGAGGCUGUUUUUGAAGACAGUCGGCGGAAGGAAGAGACACCACCUGUGCCUAAAGACUCACACUGUACUCGGUCACAGCCAUUGAACCCAAAGCCACAUGAAGCACAUUCCUCACAUGUGACCGGAAGCGCAGUCCAUCACAGCAUCAGACCAGCAUCUUGAACCUGCCACGGACGACACACACUCAGAUAUUCUCUCAGCCUUUAUUCCCAGCAGCUUCUGCUCCGUCAGCUCCCCCACCUCACCACAAGGACAUCCAGCUGUAGAUGACAAAGGAGCUCAGAAUAAUAAUGGUGGAAAUAUUUUGUAAUUUGUGCCUCUCUUAUAUUUGAAGAAAUGUCUGAUUUAUCCUAUGGAAGCCCAUCUCUGCCGGAAAAAUGUUGACGAUAAUGAGCCAAAAGAUUAGACACUACAUCAAAACUGAAACUGUAGCAAAACGUAAAAUCUAAAAUAAGAGAUGAGAAUUUUACUUAUCACAUUUUAACUAUUAAUUUCAUUUAAGAAUUAGCAAAACAUGGCCCUGACUAAAAUAUACAGUCAAGUUAUUUUUUCUCCUUAACAUCUCAUAAUAUUCAAUCUUUAGCUGUGUGGAUAACUAUUACUACACAUGUCAAAUCAUUAUUUAACUUAAAACCCUGAUGUUUUGUUUUUUUUUUUCCUCAAACCAGCAGAUUAUUUGUGUUUUAAACCUUUUUUAUGGUCUGAAAAUGACAAUUUAACAUGACAGUGAAGGAGUCUAGAGGCAGCGCAUUAAAACAGCUGGUGUGAUAAGCGCCAAAAUAUAUAAACAUUCUUUGUUUUAGCUGACUAUGUAAACAAAAAAGCCAUUACGAUAUUGUGUUGUUAACAUAUCCUGAUUUAAAAUGAUUGAGUUUUAUCACCCAGUGUUGCAGCAGUUUUCCAGUAGUGUGUUUUUAAAAGUAUUGAAUUAAAUUAUAGAAAUGGUGUAAUGUGAGAAGUCACCCUCUGAUUUGCAAAAAUUCCUUCAACGUUGAUUUUUUUUUUUUUUUUUUUUUUUUCGGAAUCGUUAUUGCUUAUAAUUUGAAAUGAACACUGUUUUCAAGUUCCAACAAUAGCAUGCAUACAAUUUCUGUUUUGUUUUACUGGACAUUUCAGAAAAAAACUGUAGCAACCAGUAAAACCUUCAACUGAUGAGACCAAAUUAAGCUGCUUUGGAUAGAAAACGGCAAAAGAAUGCUAUUGUCCCAGCCAUUUCUAACGUAGCAUGUAGCGCCACCCUCUGACAACAUGGCACAACUGAAGUGAUUAUGCAAAACCAGUUAAUUUGUAUUUUAUAUUCACAUCUCACUUCAAAUUCAGUUGACAUUUACAUGGAAACACAGCUGCAAUAAGUCCAGAAUUGUACCUACCCUAAUUUUUAUUUAUUUAUUUUUUUUAUAAUUAUUUUUGGCAGAAAUGUGCUUCCAUACACCAGAAAAACUGUACAGGGAACAUAUUCUCAGUGACACCCUGGAAGUAAAUAGAAAAGAUGGUGAAAAGUUGUGUAUGUUAAAUGCACUGAUGUUCCUGUUGUUUUUUUAUUAAGUCAUCAUUUAUUAAAAGAGUAAUAAUAGCUCGUACUGUACCUUUGCAUUCUGCUAACACGGCCCCCUUCCGUCCACUCUGAUCACAUGAUAAAAAAAACAUAACCAGCCAUAGGUACUUCCAUUACUGCGGAGCUCACAUCGCGGAACUUUUUCUGGGGCAACAGCUUUUUAUAGGGUUUGGUUUUUAUAAUUAUGUACACUUUUUUUUUUUUUUUUUUUUUUUACACCAG